AAGCACUUAGUAGAUGUUGUAGUUUAAAAGAGCAAGGCAGAGGCAAAAAGCCUGAUAUGGACAGUGAUGGUGUAGAGAUAACAGGAGCAGGUUAAUAGCCUGAUAUGGACAGCGAUGGUGUAGAGAUAACAGGUUUAAAGCCUGAUAUGGACAGCGAUGGUGUAGAGAUAACAGGAGCAGGUUAAUAGCCUGAUAUGGACAGCGAUGGUGUAGAGAUGACAGGUUUAAAGCCUGAUAUGGACAGCGAUGGUGUAGAGAUGGUAGGAGCAGGUUAAUAGCCUGAUAUGGACAGUGAUGGUGUAGAGAUAACAGGAGCAGGUUAAUAGCCUGAUAUGGACAGCGAUGGUGUAGAGAUGACAGGUUUAAAGCCUGAUAUGGACAGCGAUGGUGUAGAGAUGACAGGAGCAGUGGAAUAGAGAUACUAAGGGCAGGCAGAGGAAAGUCAGGGAGGGGAGGACGGCAGGACGGGACAGAAGAGAGGAGGCUAUUUUUACAAGAUUAAGUGUUGGACACAGUCUGUUGAAUGAGACCUUAAAUGUGAUAGGAUGUGACGCAUCCAACAGGAAAGUGUGAUUAUUGCCAGGAAACAGAGACCGUGGAGCAUGUGUCAGUGUGUGCAGUAUGAGAGGGAAAGAGAGAGGUUGAGAUCUAGUAUGAUGGAAAAGGGAAAACAGGAAAUUCGUUUCAAGAUUAUAUUGAGUAGAACGUCUUUUUAUAUCGUCUCAAAUAUGUUGUUAUCUUUUUUUUUAAGAGCAACGCGUCUGGCAGGUAGGGUUUAGUUUCUCUCUGUCUCCUGCGGCCCACACUCCAGUACAGUAGUCGGCGGUAACGCACCAUCAUUUUGGAUGCCAACCGUCGAUAAACCCAACCGGAGAAGGAGAAGACACUCCUCCUUGUCUUCGUUUAUUUUUGUUGUGAGGAUGUUUGUCUGCUAGCAAGCAUUUCUGUUAAUUUAACGUGGUCCAUCACUUAUUGCCCGAACUCACUCAGAUCUACUUAGGAGAAGGAGAGGGGAUGGAAAUGUCAAGCUAACCAGCAUGGUAACUACCUAAAGUCCCAUUUUUACUAGCCAGCUAACGUUAAACUCACAAUUUACUAGUAAUAAUAUAUUUUUUAUCCCAAUCAUGGGUGAAGAGGAGAGUAACACAUCAGCGGGUAACAACAAUAAGGACUCGAGCAUUAUCCUCACCAAAGACGGAAAGACGUACUACGUCGACAAGAGCGGUGUUGUCGACAGUAGAAAUGGAGUCACACGUCAAGAGUCGGACAAUAACAUGUUCUCCUACGAUAUGGAUGAUGCCGAAGAGGAGAGCGAUGUUUUGGACACGUCGGACCCGCGGGAUAACGCUGCGAGUCCCGAAGAACUCAACGACGACGAUGAUGAUGAAGAAGGCUACGGGGAUAGCGAUAACAUUUCAAAGACUUGUACAUACGACGGGUGCACGGAAACUACGACCCAAGUAGCCAAGCAGCGGAAGCCGUGGAUGUGUAAAAAACACCGCAACAAGAUGUACAAAGACAAAUACAAGAGGAAGAAGAGCGACCAGGCCAUGUCCACCGGCAAACAAGAUGAGAGCUUGGAGGAGAGACCUGUAUCUGUGAACAAGCAGCGUCUUGGUACCGUGGGGGACCGGCCGGCCAGACCCUCCCUCAUCGAACAGGUGCUCAACCAGAAGAGACUGUCUCUGCUGAGGAGUCCUGAGGUGAUCAUGUUUUUACAGCAGCAGCAGCGUCUCCUGGCCACCCAGAGCCUCAGCCAAUCACAGCCUCACUUCCAGGGCUGCUAACGGCAACAGCGGGAGGAGCCAGCUUCUCUGGGUGUUCUGGAACUAUUUCCCUGAUUCCAUCUAUGAUUCUGACAGGAGAAGGACCCUAGAGAUCCUAUUCAAUUCCGUGAGAAGGAUUGACUCAUUAGAAAUAGAAUACUAGAAUGGACCUUCUUAUGAUGAGAUAUAGAUCAGCCAUGUUGGUCAGGGAGUGUUGUGAUAAGAUGUUGUGUAAAACAAUGACUUUGAAGAAUGUAUCUGCACUGUAUGUUUGUUAGCCAGCUUGUUUUAGAGGAAUGAUUAAAUAAAUGUUUUUAAUGAACUACCCAAAAUGCCCAACAUUAUAUUCAAACAAUGCAGUCAAUCUACAGCCAGACACUGGCUGAAAUCAGUUGAUGAUAGGAUUUAGACAAGUUGUAAAUGCAACAAGUACUGAAAUUCACUCACAACUUUCCAAUAUAUUUUUUGUGACAUUUAUGGUCUGUUGAAAUAUAUUUUAGAGGUUGUUUUAUACAGAACAUGUGUAUAGAAACAUCAGUAUAAACUGUAUUUAUAACUAUAUGACAAUAGUUGAUGUUGAUAAUAAUUCAAUUACACAACUUGUGAUAUAUCACAUCUUUUAUUUUCCUACAUAAGUAAAAAUCAGGAAAUGCAUCACCUAUGCCUCUACUGCUAUUCAUUCCAAUUAGACUGGUUGUGUAUUUCUCCCUGACCAAAAUGGCUUCCAUUUCAUUCUAUUCUGGAACCUUGAGGGAUUAUGACAUCUCCCCUCUAGUAAUUGAAUAGGAUCUCCGUGGUCCUUAGGAACUGUACUAUUAUCAUCAAUGACCGAGCUUCCAUGAUCAAUCAAUAAAUAAUUUAUACCAUA